UCAUAGCUUUCGAUUGAGCAGCAUCGUGGUAGUCAUGGCGAAAGUUAUAGUUUUUUGUAUUCUAAUAUUCAAAUUUUUAUUGGCCGAUACUACAGUUUAUAAUGAAUGGGGAAAAUCCUCCGGCACCGUUGGGUUCAUCAUCGGUGGUGACGUGGUCGCAAAACCAGAUCUAUAUCCAUGGCACGUGGCCAUUUUCAUAUCGGAAGUGUAUCAAGGUGGAGGCUCACUGAUAUCGGAACGUCAUGUUCUCACAGCCACACACGUGACGGUAGAUCCAGUAUUCCUUAAGCGUUUGUCACCUGAACAUUUUUCUGUGAAAGCCGGUAUUGUAAAGUUGGAUGUGUCAAAGGCAAAAGAGUAUCAUGUCGAGAAAAUAAUCCGCUAUCCCGGCUAUAACGAGGAGACACUUUUGCACGAUAUGUGUCUGCUUCGUCUUAAGACAUUUGUUGAGUUUGGACCAACAGUUAGACCAGUGUUCUUGUGGGAUAAUCCUCAUACAGAUAUUAGUUCACUGGUGGAUAAAAAGCUGAAAGGCAUUGUCGUUGGAUGGGGAUUAACUGAAACAGGACGCACAAACCAGCUAAGAUCCGCCUCGUUGGAUUUUGUCAAACAAGCUGAAUGUUUGAAAAAUGUACCCAACUAUGGGAAGACGCUUGUAAAAGAUCAAAGUUUCUGCGCCAAUGAUAAAAGCCAAACCGUUUGUCGAGGUGACAGUGGAAGUGGAUUGUUUCUAUUCAACGAAAAGAAACAGGCCUACGUCCUUCGAGGGCUCGUCAGUCAGGGAGUUCCUUCUGGUCACAGCUGCAAACAGGCCAAAGAGGCACUUUUUACGGAUGUUGUCUACUAUCUGAAAUGGAUUGAGAAGGAAGCUCUUCCCGGAAUGUACAAUUUGUUGGGUUUCUCAGCUUGCACGACCAAAGAUGCUGGAGUAGUCAGCUUACGAUAUUCGUUUAGGAAGAAAUUAAUGAUCGGUGAUUGUCAUGGAGUUUUAGUAAGCAAAAACCAUGUGCUGACACUUGCGAGCUGUGUUGAAAACACUCGUUACAGGAAGUUGGAUUCUGUAUCGAUGAAAAAUAAAACUAACGAUAGAGUCAGGAAUAAACAUUACACGUUCAAGUCUAUUCAAACACAUCAGGAAUUGGCUAUUAUAAGCUUGCAUAAUCAAGUGACGGACAUUGAACCUGUUUGUCUGCCGUCUCGUCCUGAGCGUAGCGAUUCUGCUCAGCUAGUGUUUUGGAAAAAAGGAAUGCGUUUCCCGAAUGCCCCUCUGCAGCUGCAAAUUGACGGCGUUAUGAAUCAAAACUGGGCUCAAAAAAAGAUCAUAGAUUCAAAAUCAGCUAAUGAUAGCUUUCAUCGCAUUGGAGCCUCUCCCCUGUUCUAUUCCUUCAGAGACGAAAGUGGAGAGCAUGUCUUUCUGGGAGGGAUUGAACAUUGCCCAGAACUCGGUUGCUCUACUAAUAACGAACUGCGGUUCAUAAAUCUUUUGCACUAUCGAUCCUGGAUUAAAAGUACUGUAAAUAUUGACAUAGAUGGAGAUCCAAUGAUUCCACCCAUGGACUGAUUUACUCGGUUGGUUGGUACUAAUAUUAAGUUAAAUAAAAGUAAAUAAAAAAUUU